CGUCUCCCAGCGCUGAGUAGUGCGACAUCUCUGGAGUACGUGCGAUAGUUCUGCCACACAAGACACGGAUAAUGCUGCUCAAUUGAGGGCCAGAGCAUGGAGGCCAUGGCAGCAGCGUAUGCCGAAGAGGCCGCACUAGACGGUGGUGCCAUCAUCCUCAUCCCGCAGGAGGAUGGCCAACCUGUGCUGCUUGGGGAGGCCCUGGUGGGUGGUGGCUCCCAGCUGGUGCUUGGUCAGCUGCAGCCACUGCAUAUCGAAGAUGCCCCACUGAUGUUUGCUCCGGUUACUAGUGCUGAGGGCUCCCUGGUGGCCACACCCUCUAUGGAAACCUCAUCACAGCAAGAAGAGGCAGCCAGCCCUCCCAGGCAUGAGGAGAGUGGAACGCCACCUCUGCUGCGCACUGUGACGCAGACACUGAAAGUGCGCUGGCUGGACGAGCUUCUUGAACACAAGACCAUCUCCUGUCCGAUCCAAGACUGCCCCUUCAGCUGCCCUGCCAUCACAGCUAUGGAGAAACACUACUCGCAGUGCACUGGAGUCAAUGGUUCUGGGCUAGACCAGUGCCCCUACUGUGAGGCCCAGUUCCUCACCCACAGCAGUGCCUUGCAUGUGCACAUAGUGGAACAGCAUCCCACCAGGCGCUCCCUGAUGCACUCCCAAGGGGGGGAGGGGCGCAAAACCCUGGCAAGACGAACCAAGUCUCCCAUGCCACCACCGAAGCAGCCCAUAUUGGUCAGGCCCACUGCCAAAGUGAGAUAUUCCUGGUUUUUCUUUCUCUAG